AUGUGUCUCUGGCAGUAUGCACGCCAUAAGCACUCCCUGGGGGGGGGGGUCCAGCCGAGAUGCCCUUGCACUGGAAUAAGCCCGGCCCAGCGAAACUCUCCGUGGCCACCAUGCUCUGAUGCGGAUGCGGAAUCUGGGCUGGGACACCAAAAACUCCGAGGACAGUAUAUUGUGGUCUGUAGUAGCGGUGGUGGUGGUACUAUGCACGUAGUACUACUAUGCAGACGCAAUGCCAAAAGGCCCGUCCUUCAUCUCGACGGUUGUCCCGAACACGGCCUGCCUGUUACUAUAGCCGUUUUGCCUGCAUCCGGCGCGCGUGGCAUUUGGGGUCGUCCUGUGUCGCAAUUGCACCGACAUGGCCCCGUGCUGCAGAACAUGCAGUCCGUGUCUGAAGUUUCUGCCUACUCCCCACUUGGCGGCCGACAAAGACGUGCACUCGAGUGGACCCGAGUGCAUCAUCGUGCUGCUGCCCUAGAAGCUUUUCAUCGAAGGCGGACAAGUGGGCCGACAAAAGUCCCUGCCUUUGCGCUGGCUGGGAAAAACUCGGCCUCCGAUGUGGGCACACGUGCAAGGCCUGCCUGUCCCUCUUCCGACAAGUUUUCGUUGGGCACGCUGCGACUCAUGUGGCUGCGCACUGAUUGGUCCACAGCCACUGGCGAAAACCGGCCGGGUGCUGUGGCUGUGGAGCUGUGGUUGCACGCUGCUGUUCGUCUUGAUGCACUCGAAUACUACUAG